GAAGAAGAAAACGUUUUCACUUCCUGACCUCUUUGACCUAUUGAUGGUGUUGGCUAAUUUAGGGAGUCACUUGAUAAAAAAGGAAGACUUUCCAGAGAGUCACCAUCAGCUGGGCAUUCAAAGAGGAUUCCACCAUGAUGAACCAUCAGCUCUGCACCUCCUUCACUUGGCUGCUUCUCUGUCAACUCACUGCUACUGGAUCAGCAGUUACUGUCUAUGGAAAUGCAGGACAGAGUGUUACUCUUCCUUGCAAAUAUGAUGGCAAAUCCUACGGCUCUUUGUCCAUCUGUUGGGGCAAAGGCCUCCUGCCAUCACUAGGCUGUGGUGAUCAAAUAAUUCAGACAGAGGGCUCAACACUGACCACACAAAGUUCACCACAGUAUCGGCUGGACAACAGACACAGAAAUGUAGGGGAUGUUUCUUUAACGAUCAUGAAUGCAAGAGAGCAGGAUAGCGGUACCUAUGGUUGCAGGGUGGCUAUACCAGGAUGGUUCAAUGACGAGAAAACCCAUGUGGACCUCCGCAUACAAGCUGCUCCAACAACUACAACCAUAGCAACAACAGAAGCUCCAAUAACAACAGAAGCCCCAACAACACUUGUAGACACCACUACUUUGGAAACCAUUGUGUCAACAAUUCAAGAAUCUGCUGCAGAACUUCCUACCACUACUGCACAGGCUGUCACAACAGCAGAAGCUACACCAAGACCGACCAUUGCUGGGCCAGCAGUUACUGUCUAUGGAUAUGCAGGACAGAGUGUUACUCUUCCUUGCAAGUAUGAUGGCAAAUCCUACGGCCCUUUGUCCAUUUGUUGGGGCAAAGGCCUCCUGCCAUUACUAGGCUGUGGUGAUCAAAUAAUUCAGACAGAGGGCUCAACACUGACCACACAAAGUUCACCACAGUAUCGGCUGGUCAACAGACACAGAAAUGUGGGGGAUGUUUCUUUAACGAUCAUGAAUGCAAGAGAGCAGGAUAGCGGUACCUAUGGUUGCAGGGUGGCUAUACCAGGAUGGUUCAAUGACGAGAAAACCUAUGUGAACCUCCGCAUACAAGCUAAAUGAAACAUUAUGUUGUGAUGAUGUCAAUUCAUGCAAUAGAAUAAACCUGUUUUUACUGAACAGCAUUCAAAAAG